CUGAGAACUCAUCCACAGCGAUUCAAAGCCCGUCGCUUUCAGGAUUCGCCCAAGUCCUGGACUUUUGCUUGUUGAGGCAAAGCUGUUGCGGUGGCACGGUUCUUUGAAAGCGCCGUACACCUAGUGCUCACCCAGACACUCAUUCUGCUUUGUGGAUAAUACAACACCAUUAGCUGAUGGUAGUUGUCCAGAACUAGACAAUUGUUCAAUUUCAUCUGGCAGUUCGCUCCUGAGCGAUGACACGACCUGCAUUCACAAUGCAUGACAUACCAUGCAUCAGAUGAGGGAACUGUAUCGGGGAUGCGUAUCCAGUGUCUGUUGAUGUGCACAUUAUAUCCCUUAUGCUAACUGAAGCUUCAGCGACUAUCGACAUGACCGCAAGCGCGGAACAGCGUCCAAAGUUUGAUGUGUAUGGUCGAAUCUCACCAUAUGCGCCACUAAAUAUCGAUUGCGACCUCAAGUCAGAACUUUCCUGGCUUCCACGCUUCUUGUCUGCGCUGAUCUCUCCGCAUUACUGUACCCCUUGGACUCGUCUCUCAAACUGCAUUGUCAAUAUGUCUGAACCUACUGGGCCAUCUAUCCGCACCCGAUAUGCCUCACGCAUCUUGCGUGACUUUGUAACUCACAAGUAUAAUCAGAUUCAUGGGAAUGUCCCCGAAACCUUUCCUCCCAGUGCCCACCCCACGACCACCAGCCUUGACUUACCGUAUUGGAAGAUUCCCGACUUUGGCCAAGAGUUGUGGGGUGGCAAAGUUUGCAUCAUCGGUGCUGGAGUGGCGGGUCUUUACCUUGCCAUGCAACUGGAGAAAGCUGGUAUCAUGUUCGACGUGGUUGAAGCCUCGGACCGCAUUGGAGGGCGCGUCAAUACCUACACCUUCACCGAAGGUGGUGGGAUUCCUCACAAUUAUUAUGAUAUCGGGGCGAUGCGCUUCCCAAAGAUUGCCAUCAUGAACCCUGUCUUCAACCUGUUCUCCGAAUUAGGAUUGGAUGUUCAACCUUACUAUCUCAGUCAUCCGAGUGCACCAAACCUAUUCGAUAAUGCUGCUGUCAGUAGCAGUGACAUAGACGGUAUUAUGAAGCCUCUGGACGAUGCCAUCAGGCCUUUCAUUACCGCUCUUCAACAAGAUUGGGAUCAAGGCUUCAAAGUCUUGAUGCAAGCUGAUGGCUAUACCACACGACAGUGGUUGACUCAUCAGGAAGGAAUGACUUUCGAACAGAUCACUCGACUCGAGACGUACAGCACGGCUACAGGACUCUUUGACCAGGCUUUCGCUGAGACGGUCCUGGACUCCUUCGAUUUCAACGAAGCGAAGGAAUGGAGUCGUGUGGAGGGAGGGACGUCAAAUCUCACUGCCGCAAUGGAGAGGUCGCUCAAGACCCGAGUACAGCUGAAGAAGCGCGUGAUUGCGAUUGCUGUAGCUAAGAACAGGCUUACGGUAGAGGUCACGGUCUCUGACGAAGCAUUGCCUCGCCAAUACGACGCAGUCUUCAAUACGACCACGAUGGGCUGUUUAGGCCAGAUGGACCUGUCCCGUCUCCCAUUAAAUGAAGGACAACAGAUGGCGAUCCGAGCGUUGUCGUACGAUAAAGCGUGCAAGGUUGCUAUCAAAUUUAGCAAUGCAUGGUGGAGUCGCUUUGGUCUUCCCGCGGGGGCAGGAGGAAGUUCAGCCACAGAUCUUCCUAUUCGCGUCACUGUCUACCCUUCCUGGGACGAUGGGGAGGACGAUCCUGCUGUGGCAAUCUGUUCCUACACCUGGGCGCAAGAUGCGACCCGGAUGGGUUCUCAUGUCCCUGACGGCGGAGGAAAAAAUGAGAUUCUCCUGGAGCUUGUUUUGAGAAACCUGGCACGGUUAUUCCAGAACAAAAUCACAUACCACGAACUCACCGGCUUAGUCGAAGAUUAUCACGCCUUCAGCUAUUCACACGAUCCUGAUACGCUGGGUGCUUUCGCUCUUUUCGGUGCGGGUCAGUUUACGAAUCUUUACCCCGCAAUUAGAGAACCUGCGGCCAACGGUCGAUUCUUCUUCGUUGGAGAAUGCGCCAGCGAGCACCAUGCGUGGAUCGUCGGAUCGAUUCAGAGCGCACGAGAAGCUUUGAAGGAGUUCGGCAUACGCUUCGAUGCGACAAAGCUGCUGGCGUUGGUAAAACGGGACUCGAAACACUUCCGAGCUGUCGAGCCUGAGGAAAGUGAAGAAACUGUCCUUUAUCAUCUUGUUCAGUUUGCUGUUGACGAAAAGUUGACGAUCGGGGAACCAGCCUAGGAUCCCGGCGCCGUGGUUACAAUCCCUUACAGGCAGUCUAGACAGAGGUUUAACCUCUUUUCUUCAGAAUAUCUCCGUCUAAUAGUAGCCGAUCUCUUGAACGGUAAGGUGUCUCUCGAUACUACUUCGUUCCGUCUCCGAUUAGCACUCUCGUUAUGUUCAUCGACUUGGAAGGGAGAAAUGACACCUCUGUAUGAUAGUUGUCCCCAAUGGCGUGGUUCCGUAUUUCUGUACAGUAUGUAACUUGCCAAUGGGGAAUGUAAACGCGUUGUUGAAUGACGAAAUCGCUGGUAUGAGCGCC